GGCAAAGACAGCCCGCCAGUGCGUAGCCCCGUCCCCGGUCCUGUACUCUCAAACCUGCCGAUUCUUCAACUCCCUUUUAUCUGGAAAUCUCGCUGCCAGCAAACUGCUGGCUGCUGAAGGUCGGGGGCAGCGCCCAGCCACGAGCGAGGGCAGGAUUUGGAUUAAGCGCGGCUGACCUCGCACUUGGACAAACGACACCCUCUCUUUCCGCGGCCCCACGAACAGGAAUUUCGCGCCCAAUGGGAGCUGAGGGAACCUGGAUACUGGCAUUUCGCGAUCCCUGGGGGACCGAGAAACGACAUUUGAGGGCGCCAUAUUUUCACGCGCUGCUGCAGGGUAACAUCUGGACUUGGUUCCUGGCCCCUCGGAUGCUCAGCUGCCUACAAGUUCCCGGGUUGACUUGUUGAAAACUGUAUUGCUGCUGGAGACUUCUCAGAUGCUUCAGGAUAUCUUCAGGGGAAUCAACUCUUUACGUAAACUGAACAUUUGGAAAUUCUAAGAGAGGACCUUCAAAUCAUCUAGGAAAAUGGUGGCCCUGUCCUUAAAGAUUUGUGUCCGCCACUGCAACGUGGUAAAGACCAUGCAGUUCGAGCCAUCAACAGCUGUGUACGAUGCGUGUCGAGUCAUUCGGGAGCGGGUACCUGAGGCCCAAACUGGCCAAGCUUCUGACUAUGGGCUGUUCCUUUCGGAUGAAGACCCCAGGAAAGGCAUUUGGCUGGAAGCAGGCAGAACACUGGAUUAUUACAUGUUGCGAAAUGGGGAUAUUUUGGAAUAUAAAAAGAAACAGAGACCUCAGAAAAUCCGGAUGCUGGAUGGAUCUGUGAAAACGGUGAUGGUGGACGACUCCAAGACCGUUGGGGAACUCUUGGUUACUAUCUGCAGCAGGAUAGGAAUAACAAACUAUGAAGAAUAUUCUUUAAUCCAAGAAACUAUUGAAGAAAAGAAAGAAGAAGGGACAGGUACACUUAAAAAAGACAGAACACUGUUGCGAGACGAAAGGAAAAUGGAGAAGCUAAAGGCCAAGCUUCACACAGAUGAUGAUCUCAAUUGGCUGGAUCACAGCCGAACAUUCAGAGAACAAGGAGUAGAUGAAAACGAAACGUUGCUGCUUAGACGGAAGUUCUUUUACUCUGAUCAGAAUGUAGAUUCAAGAGACCCUGUGCAGCUGAACUUGCUUUAUGUUCAGGCUCGGGAUGACAUCCUCAAUGGCUCCCACCCUGUCUCCUUUGAGAAAGCUUGUGAGUUUGGUGGAUUUCAAGCACAGAUACAGUUUGGACCUCAUGUGGAGCAUAAACACAAGCCUGGAUUCUUAGAUCUAAAAGAAUUCCUACCCAAAGAAUACAUCAAGCAGCGAGGAGCUGAAAAGAGAAUAUUUCAGGAGCACAAGAACUGCGGAGAGAUGAGUGAAAUAGAAGCCAAGGUGAAGUACGUCAAACUCGCCCGGUCCCUCCGGACAUACGGUGUGUCCUUUUUCCUGGUGAAGGAAAAGAUGAAAGGCAAGAACAAACUGGUGCCUCGCCUGCUGGGUAUCACCAAAGACUCAGUGAUGCGUGUGGAUGAGAAGACCAAGGAGGUGCUGCAGGAGUGGCCCCUCACCACGGUCAAACGCUGGGCAGCUUCGCCCAAGAGCUUCACGCUGGAUUUUGGGGAAUAUCAGGAAAGCUACUACUCAGUACAAACCACUGAGGGAGAGCAAAUAUCCCAGCUGAUUGCAGGCUACAUUGACAUCAUCCUCAAAAAGAAACAAAGUAAAGAUAGAUUUGGACUCGAGGGCGAUGAGGAGUCAACUAUGUUAGAAGAGUCCGUUUCUCCAAAAAAGUCCACCAUCUUGCAGCAGCAGUUCAACCGGACCGGGAAGGUAGAGCACGGCUCUGUGGCACUGCCAGCCGUGAUGCGCUCGGGCUCCAGCGGGCCCGAGACCUUCAACAUCGGCAGCAUGCCCUCGCCGCAGCAGCAGGUCAUGGUCGGGCAGAUGCACCGAGGCCACAUGCCCCCGCUGACGUCAGCCCAGCAGGCUCUUAUGGGGACCAUCAACACUAGCAUGCAUGCUGUCCAGCAGGCCCAGGAUGACCUCAGUGAGCUCGACUCGCUGCCGCCUCUCGGCCAGGAUAUGGCGUCUAGGGUAUGGGUUCAGAACAAAGUUGAUGAAUCCAAACAUGAAAUUCACUCUCAAGUUGAUGCCAUUACAGCUGGAACGGCUUCAGUUGUUAACCUCACGGCUGGUGACCCCGCGGACACUGACUACACAGCUGUGGGAUGUGCGAUCACCACUAUUUCUUCCAACCUGACGGAGAUGUCCAAGGGCGUGAAGCUGUUGGCAGCCCUCAUGGACGAUGAUGUGGGCAGCGGGGAGGACUUGCUGAGAGCUGCAAGAACCCUCGCUGGGGCAGUGUCGGACUUGCUGAAAGCUGUGCAGCCUACCUCUGGAGAGCCUCGACAGACCGUUUUGACUGCAGCUGGAAGUAUUGGACAGGCCAGUGGGGAUCUUCUGAGACAGAUCGGAGAGAAUGAGACCGAUGAGCGAUUCCAAGAUGUUUUGAUGAGUUUGGCCAAAGCUGUGGCCAAUGCUGCUGCCAUGUUGGUACUAAAGGCAAAGAACGUUGCCCAAGUGGCCGAGGACACGGUCCUACAGAACAGGGUGAUUGCCGCUGCCACCCAGUGCGCCCUCUCUACCUCCCAGCUUGUGGCAUGUGCCAAGGUGGUGAGCCCCACCAUCAGCUCCCCUGUGUGCCAGGAGCAGCUGAUCGAAGCAGGGAAGCUUGUGGACCGCUCGGUGGAGAACUGUGUCCGCGCCUGCCAGGCGGCCACCGACGACAGCGAGCUCCUGAAGCAGGUCAGCGCGGCAGCCAGCGUGGUCAGCCAGGCCCUGCACGACCUCCUGCAGCAUGUCCGACAGUUUGCCAGCCGCGGAGAGCCCAUCGGCCGCUACGACCAGGCCACCGACACCAUCAUGUGUGUCACCGAGAGCAUCUUCAGUUCCAUGGGCGAUGCUGGUGAGAUGGUGCGCCAGGCUCGGGUCCUGGCCCAGGCCACCUCAGACCUCGUCAAUGCCAUGAGAUCAGAUGCGGAAGCGGAAAUCGACAUGGAGAAUUCCAAGAAGCUCCUGGCAGCAGCAAAACUCUUGGCUGACUCCACUGCUCGCAUGGUGGAAGCGGCAAAGGGGGCUGCAGCCAACCCUGAGAAUGAGGACCAGCAACAAAGACUGAGAGAAGCUGCAGAAGGUCUCCGAGUGGCAACCAAUGCUGCUGCCCAAAAUGCUAUUAAGAAAAAAAUAGUCAACCGACUGGAGGUUGCAGCCAAGCAGGCGGCAGCAGCUGCCACACAGACCAUCGCGGCUUCCCAGAACGCGGCUGUUUCCAACAAGAACCCUGCGGCGCAGCAGAUGCUGGUCCAGAGCUGCAAGGCCGUGGCUGAUCAUAUACCUCAGCUGGUCCAGGGAGUGAGAGGAAGUCAAGCUCAAGCAGAAGACCUCAGUGCUCAGCUGGCUCUCAUCAUCUCUAGCCAGAACUUCCUCCAGCCUGGAAGCAAGAUGGUGUCCUCUGCCAAGGCUGCGGUGCCCACCGUGAGUGACCAGGCUGCAGCCAUGCAGCUGAGCCAGUGUGCCAAGAACCUCGCUACCAGCUUGGCGGAGCUGCGCACAGCCUCACAGAAGGCCCAUGAAGCCUGUGGCCCUAUGGAAAUUGACUCAGCUCUGAACACUGUGCAGACACUUAAGAAUGAACUGCAGGAUGCCAAGAUGGCUGCCAUGGAGAGUCAGCUGAAACCACUUCCAGGAGAAACGCUGGAAAAAUGUGCGCAGGACCUAGGAAGUACGUCUAAAGCAGUGGGCUCCUCCAUGGCACAGCUCCUCACCUGUGCUGCUCAAGGCAAUGAGCACUACACAGGAGUGGCUGCUAGAGAGACGGCCCAAGCGCUGAAAACACUGGCCCAAGCUGCUCGUGGAGUGGCGGCAUCCACCACUGACCCCACAGCUGCACAUGCCAUGUUAGAUUCUGCUCGAGACGUGAUGGAGGGCUCAGCCAUGCUCAUUCAGGAAGCCAAGCAGGCCCUGAUUGCACCUGGAGAUGCAGAGCGGCAACAAAGACUAGCUCAGGUGGCCAAAGCCGUCUCACACUCCUUGAAUAGCUGUGUGAAUUGCCUCCCCGGGCAGAAGGAUGUGGAUGUGGCCUUGAAGAGCAUCGGAGAGUCCAGCAAGAAGCUGCUUGUGGAUUCGCUACCUCCAAGCACGAAGCCUUUCCAGGAAGCCCAGAGUGAGCUGAACCAGGCAGCAGCUGAUCUAAACCAGUCUGCUGGGGAAGUAGUCCAUGCAACCCGAGGCCAGAGUGGAGAGCUGGCUGCAGCCUCCGGAAAGUUCAGUGAUGAUUUCGACGAGUUCCUUGAUGCCGGCAUUGAGAUGGCUGGCCAAGCUCAGACAAAAGAAGACCAGAUGCAAGUGAUAGGCAACCUCAAGAAUAUCUCUAUGGCAUCCAGCAAGCUGUUGUUAGCUGCCAAGUCUCUUUCUGUAGACCCAGGAGCCCCCAAUGCAAAAAAUCUCUUGGCAGCAGCUGCAAGAGCUGUGACAGAGAGCAUCAAUCAGCUCAUCACUUUGUGCACGCAGCAGGCCCCUGGCCAGAAAGAGUGUGAUAAUGCCCUACGGGAGCUGGAGACGGUUAAGGGGAUGUUGGAUAAUCCCAAUGAACCUGUUAGUGACCUCUCUUACUUUGACUGCAUUGAGAGUGUGAUGGAAAACUCCAAGGUUUUGGGCGAGUCAAUGGCAGGGAUUUCACAGAAUGCCAAGACCGGGGACCUCCCUGCCUUUGGGGAAUGUGUGGGGAUUGCAUCCAAAGCUCUCUGUGGGCUCACAGAGGCCGCUGCCCAGGCUGCGUACUUAGUCGGCAUCUCUGAUCCAAACAGCCAGGCAGGCCACCAGGGCCUUGUGGACCCCAUCCAGUUUGCCAGGGCUAACCAGGCGAUCCAGAUGGCAUGCCAGAACCUGGUGGACCCCGGAAGCAGCCCAUCACAGGUCCUGUCAGCUGCCACGAUUGUCGCCAAGCACACCUCAGCCUUGUGCAACGCCUGCCGCAUCGCCUCAUCCAAGACAGCCAACCCAGUGGCCAAAAGGCACUUUGUUCAGUCAGCCAAGGAAGUCGCCAACAGCACUGCCAACCUGGUGAAGACCAUCAAGGCCCUGGACGGGGACUUCUCUGAAGACAACCGCAAUAAGUGCCGCAUUGCCACGGCGCCCUUGAUCGAGGCGGUGGAGAACCUGACGGCGUUCGCGUCGAACCCUGAGUUUGUUAGCAUUCCUGCCCAGAUCAGCUCCGAGGGCUCCCAGGCACAGGAACCGAUCCUGGUCUCAGCCAAGACCAUGCUGGAGAGCUCUUCAUACCUCAUCCGCACCGCACGCUCCCUGGCCAUCAACCCCAAAGACCCCCCGACGUGGUCCGUGCUGGCUGGACAUUCCCACACCGUGUCGGACUCCAUCAAGAGUCUCAUCACAUCCAUCAGGGACAAGGCCCCCGGCCAGCGGGAGUGUGACUACUCCAUCGACAGCAUCAAUCGGUGCAUCCGGGACAUCGAGCAGGCCUCGCUUGCAGCCGUCAGUCAGAGCCUGGCCACACGGGAUGACAUCUCCGUGGAGGCACUACAGGAGCAGUUGACUUCAGUGGUCCAGGAAAUCGGGCACCUUAUAGAUCCCAUUGCCACAGCAGCUCGGGGAGAAGCAGCCCAGCUGGGACAUAAGGUUACCCAGCUAGCAAGCUACUUUGAACCCUUGAUCUUAGCUGCGGUUGGUGUCGCCUCCAAGAUUCUUGACCAUCAGCAGCAGAUGACAGUGCUGGACCAGACCAAGACACUCGCAGAGUCUGCCCUACAGAUGUUGUAUGCAGCCAAAGAAGGUGGAGGGAACCCCAAGGCACAGCACACCCACGAUGCCAUCAUGGAAGCCACACAGCUGAUGAAGGAGGCUGUGGACGACAUCAUGGUGACGCUGAACGAGGCCGCCAGCGAGGUGGGGCUGGUGGGAGGCAUGGUCGACGCCAUAGCCGAAGCCAUGAGCAAGCUGGAUGAAGGCACUCCUCCAGAACCAAAGGGAACGUUUGUCGACUAUCAGACGACCGCGGUUAAAUACUCCAAAGCCAUUGCGGUAACAGCUCAGGAAAUGAUGACUAAGUCGGUUACUAACCCGGAGGAGUUGGGAGGACUGGCUUCACAAAUGACCAGUGACUAUGGGCACUUGGCUCUCCAGGGCCAGAUGGCAGCGGCCACGGCGGAGCCAGAGGAGAUUGGAUUCCAGAUCCGUACCCGUGUACAGGACUUGGGCCACGGCUGUAUCUUCUUGGUCCAGAAGGCGGGGGCCCUCCAAGUGUGUCCCACAGACAGCUACACCAAGAGGGAGCUGAUCGAGUGUGCCCGAGCCGUGACCGAGAAGGUGUCCUUGGUGCUGUCAGCUCUCCAGGCUGGGAAUAAGGGGACCCAGGCAUGUAUUACGGCCGCCACUGCCGUGUCCGGGAUAAUCGCUGACCUGGACACCACCAUCAUGUUUGCAACGGCAGGGACCCUGAAUGCAGAGAACAAUGAGACCUUCGCAGACCACAGGGAGAACAUUCUAAAAACAGCCAAGGCCUUGGUUGAAGACACAAAACUGCUGGUGUCUGGGGCUGCGUCCACUCCAGACAAGCUGGCGCAGGCAGCCCAGUCCUCAGCAGCCACCAUCACCCAGCUUGCCGAGGUGGUCAAGCUGGGGGCAGCCAGCCUGGGCUCCGAUGACCCUGAGACCCAGGUGGUGCUGAUCAACGCCAUCAAAGACGUGGCCAAGGCCCUUUCGGAUCUCAUUGGUGCUACCAAGGGAGCUGCCAGCAAACCCGCGGAUGACCCCUCCAUGUACCAGCUCAAGGGGGCUGCCAAGGUGAUGGUGACCAACGUCACCUCCCUCCUCAAGACCGUGAAGGCAGUGGAGGACGAGGCCACCCGAGGCACACGAGCACUUGAGGCCACCAUCGAGUACAUAAAGCAGGAGCUCACGGUGUUCCAGUCCAAGGAGGUACCUGAAAAGACAUCAUCACCUGAAGAGUCGAUAAGGAUGACGAAAGGCAUCACCAUGGCAACAGCCAAAGCCGUGGCAGCUGGGAACUCAUGCAGACAGGAGGACGUGAUUGCAACAGCCAACCUGAGCCGGAAAGCCGUGUCAGAUAUGCUGACAGCUUGCAAGCAAGCGUCCUUCCACCCUGAUGUCAGUGAAGAAGUGCGGACCAGAGCCUUGCGGUACGGGACGGAAUGCAGCCUCGGCUACCUGGGCCUCCUGGAGCACGUCUUGGUGGUUCUUCAGAAACCAACUCCAGAACUCAAGCAACAGUUGGCUGCUUUCUCCAAGCGCGUGGCGGGGGCGGUGACCGAGCUCAUCCAGGCAGCGGAGGCCAUGAAAGGAACUGAGUGGGUGGAUCCAGAAGACCCAACCGUCAUUGCAGAAACAGAACUGCUGGGGGCUGCAGCAUCCAUUGAGGCUGCUGCUAAGAAGUUAGAGCAGCUGAAGCCACGAGCAAAACCAAAGCAAGCAGAUGAGACGCUGGAUUUCGAAGAACAGAUCUUGGAAGCUGCUAAAUCCAUCGCUGCUGCCACAAGCGCCCUGGUCAAAUCGGCCUCAGCAGCCCAGAGGGAGCUGGUGGCCCAAGGAAAGGUCGGCUCCAUCCCCGCCAAUGCUGCAGAUGAUGGACAGUGGUCACAGGGGCUGAUUUCUGCCGCCCGGAUGGUGGCAGCAGCAACCAGCAGUCUCUGUGAGGCAGCCAAUGCCUCCGUUCAGGGACAUGCCAGUGAAGAGAAACUCAUCUCAUCUGCCAAGCAAGUCGCCGCUUCCACCGCUCAGCUGCUUGUGGCCUGCAAGGUGAAAGCAGAUCAGGAUUCAGAGGCCAUGAGGCGGCUACAGGUAAUGGUCACUGAUGCUGGUAGGAAAAUACUCCUGUUGGAGCGGGCAGCAGGAAAUGCUGUGAAAAGAGCCUCAGACAAUCUUGUUCGUGCAGCCCAGAAGGCAGCAUUUGGCAAAGCUGAUGAUGAUGAUGUCGUAGUGAAAACAAAGUUUGUGGGGGGUAUUGCUCAGAUCAUUGCCGCCCAGGAGGAAAUGCUGAAGAAAGAGCGAGAACUAGAAGAAGCAAGGAAAAAACUGGCCCAGAUCCGUCAGCAACAGUAUAAAUUUCUUCCCACUGAGCUGAGGGAGGAUGAGAGCUAAGGCCAGAACCGCAAUAGCAAGCCCCAGGGGACAGCCCUGCCAGAACUGGACAGAGUGUUCCUGGGAGGCUGGACACUUACCUAGGAACUGCCUCCUCCCCCUGGGGCGAGCCAGGGCCCUGAGUGUUCAUCCUCCCUCCUGUGUCCCAUCGGGCAUCGGCUGCAUGAUCAUGAUGUCACACGGUACAGUGUCCCACCCACAGCUCCGCUGCCACCUCCCUCUGCCUCACCACAUCUCAGGAGAGAGGGGCGCAUGUUUAUAUGGACUGUUACCAAAAAACGAGAAGUCAGUAUUAUGUCAUUCUCAGACACCUGUGCUUUUGUUGGUCCUUCUCUAGGCCUACUCUCGGGCCUAUUUGUGAAAUCUUAAUUGGAAAAAAGUAAUGGCUCGGGGAAAAUCAUGAUGUCAGAGACGUAUAUAGAUAUUCUUCUUCUCAGGAGAAGAUGGAAGUUGGAGUUGGACACGGAUAAUAAAAGCCAGAAACAUAAACGAGUGUGGACUCCAGGAGGGUAACUGGGAUCCUCCUUCCAUGUCUUGAGCUCUGGCUCACCCCAGCAGGUGAAGAAUUUCCGCUCCCGUUUGCACGCUUUCCUGCCUCAGUGUAUAAGCUCUUUGUACAAUCUUGACCCAUCUUGUAUUCUGUGGCCCAGAAAAUCAAAUGGUUAUUUUUUUUUUUGCCUCCAUAAGCCAAAGGGCAGAGGUAUGGGAGGCCUGCCAGGGCUUGGCAAGCAGGGCCUGUAAUAAAACACGUGGGCUCCUUA